UUCUGUCUUUAAAUAGCAGCUCGGGAAUGAGUUUUCUACAGACUCCUUUGACUAGUCACCGAAGCACAAUUCCUGAGCAUCCGAGAUAGAUGAAAGCAAAGAAAAUCCACCAAUCCUUCACCAUGUCUUCAUCUCUAAGAGUGAGCCCAUCUGUCCAUGGCUACCACUUUGACACGGCCUCUCGCAAAAAAGCUGUGGGCAACAUCUUCGAAAACAUUGAUCAAGAAUCACUACAGAAGCUCUUCAAGAACUCUGGAGACAAAAAAGCAGAGGAGAGAGCAAAAAUCAUUUUCGCCAUUGACCAAGAUUUGGAAGAAAAGACAAGGGCACUGAUGGCUCUCAAGAAGAGGACAAAAGACAAGCUUUUUCAGUUUCUGAAACUCCGGAAAUAUUCAAUCAAAGUUCACUGAACUUUCAACUAAAGAGAAAAUAGAUGGAAAAAAAAACAUUUACGGAAUGAAACCAAGUUUGUGAAAUCUUAACAAAUGCACUGGUCUGCUAGCUGCCUUUUGAGCUUUUGCUAGGGCAAGUGAACCUGAAAAGCUGGUCAGCAUGAUCCAAACCAAUUUUAUACACCUGAGAAGUUACAGAAUAAAAGGCUGACAGCACUGAUCAAAAACUCUCCAACUAGGAAUGAACUGUCUCCAGUAUCAAGAGGACAAGAGGACCCCAUAUGAAGUUAAGAGAAAGAGAGAGAGAUAUGAAGAUAACAGAUGCAGAUGGCUUGUAAAGAAACACAACCAGGAGACUGAGUUUCUGUGAGCCAAGCGGACUGAGCUUUUUUAUCAAGUUGAAAGGGAAAGAAGAUUCGGUGUCUAACUUCUUCCCCAAAUUUUGACUUGAAUGUUGAAAAUGUUUCUAACCCUCAAAGUUUUCUGUCGGUAUGAAAGGUUAUAGAUCAGUAAUUGAUCACUUAUUUGCAUUUAUUACAAUGCCUUAAAAUUGCACCAUGAAGGUGUAAGAAGAAAUUCCAGAGGCUGCAUUCCUUCUAGCAGCUCUCUGCAGUUGUGUGUCUAUUCUCAUUUGUAACAUGUAUUUUGUACAUUUCUAACUGGUUGCGCAGAAUGUAAUGGAGUUCCUUCAUUGAACUAAAGUACUGUGAAAGUCAUAUAGAUUCUUUUUCAUUCUUACGUUAAUAUGCCAUAAUUACAGAUCUUAUAGAUACUGUGUUAGAUAUUAGAACAUAAAUAUUAUUCUUAGGAUUUUGUGG